GGAGAGAGCAAUCGCUCAACGUCCAUUAAAUUUAAAUACCGCAUAUUUUGUUUUAACAUAUUUCAUUUAGCUUUAAAAAAAAUAGUAAAGUUGUGGUGUUAGCAAAACGAAAGUGAAAAAAGUGUAAAUUCUCAUAUAUUUAACAAAAAUGCAUUCGUUACGUUAUGCUCGUUCAUACACUCCAACAUUUUUGCGGGCAUUCACUGCUGCGAUUAUUAAUAACAAUGGGAUGGCCACAAAAAUUCGCGCUGGACCCGUUGUCGACAUACUCGGCGAUGAAAUGACUCGCAUCAUUUGGUCUUCGAUUAAGGACAAGUUAAUCUUACCUUUCCUUGACAUCGAAUUGCACACGUACGAUCUCGGCAUGGAAAAUCGUGACAAAACUGACGAUCAAGUCACAAUCGAUUGUGCUGAAGCGAUUAAGAAGUACAAUGUUGGUAUUAAGUGCGCCACUAUUACGCCCGAUGAGAAACGUGUUGAAGAGUUCAAACUGAAGAAAAUGUGGAAAUCACCCAAUGGUACCAUACGCAACAUUCUUGGCGGCACUGUGUUCCGUGAAGCGAUCGUUUGCAAUAAUAUUCCACGCUUAGUAUCCGGUUGGGAGAAACCCAUUGUCAUUGGCCGUCAUGCGUACGGUGAUCAAUACAAGGCUACAGAUUUUGUAGUUCCUGGCCCUGGCACAUUGACGCUCACUUUCAAGCCCGCCGAUGGCAGUGAAACCAUUUCACAUGAAGUAUACCAAUACAAAGGCUCUGGCGUUGCCAUGGGCAUGUACAAUACGGACGACUCCAUCAUUGAUUUCGCACACGCUUCUAUGAAGUAUGCGCUAUCGCGUAAGCUGCCACUCUAUUUGAGUACCAAAAACACCAUUCUGAAGAAGUACGAUGGCCGUUUCAAGGACAUCUUCCAAGAAAUCUACGACAAAGAUUAUAAGAAAGAGUAUGAAGCGCAAGGCAUCUGGUAUGAGCAUCGUCUUAUCGAUGACAUGGUUGCUUAUUGUAUGAAAUCAGAGGGUGGAUUUGUUUGGGCCUGCAAGAACUAUGAUGGUGAUGUACAGUCCGAUUCGAUUGCACAAGGCUUCGGUUCACUGGGUUUGAUGACAUCGGUGCUGAUCUGUCCAGAUGGAAAGACAGUUGAGUCUGAGGCAGCUCAUGGUACAGUAACACGUCACUAUCGCAUGUACCAGCAAGGCAAAGAAACUUCAACAAAUCCCAUUGCAUCGAUUUUCGCUUGGACGCGCGGUUUAUUGCAUCGCGCCCAAUUGGACAAUAAUGAAAGCCUUCAGAAAUUCGCCGAAACACUCGAAAAAGUGUGCGUUGAUACUAUCGAAUCAGGUAGCAUGACGAAAGAUUUGGCUAUAUGCAUUAAGGGCAUGAACAAAGUACAACGCAGCGAUUACUUAGAGACAUUCGAAUUCAUGGACAAGCUAGCCGAAAAUCUACAAAAGGCCCUUGGACAAUGACUUACCAAUGCGAGUGUGCAUAUUGUAAACGAAGACAUCCGUUCGCACCUAUGAGGUGCAAGUGAUUGUAUUACUGAAAUUAAAUGUUAGACAUUAGUGCAGUAUGCUCAGUGUAUAAUUCAUUGUUCACAAUGUGUAAACUGUCUAUAACUUUGUAAAGUCAAUAAAUGCCUUUUUAUUUGGUACGGUA